AUGGUGCCCGGCGCCGCCCUGACCCUCUGCCUCUGGCUGGCGGCCUCCGGGGGCUGCCUGGCGGCCGGGCCCGGCGCGGCGGCUGCGCGGCGGCGGCUGGACGAGUCGCUGUGUGCCGGGAGCGUCCAGCGCGCCCGCUGCGCCUCCAGGUGCCUCAGCCUGCAGAUCACGCGCAUCUCCGCCUUCUUCCAGCACUUCCAGAACAAUGGUUCCCUCGUUUGGUGCCAGAAUCACAAGCAAUGUUCUAAGUGCCUGGAGCCCUGCAAGGAAUCGGGGGACCUGAGAAAGCACCAGUGCCAAAGCUUCUGUGAGCCCCUCUUCCCCAAGAAGAACUAUGAAUGCUUGACUAGCUGCGAGUUCCUCAAGUACAUCCUGCUGGUGAAGCAGGGGGAUUGUCCGGCUCCGGAGAAAGCCAGUGGGUUUGCCGCUGCCUGUGUCGAAAGUUGCGAAGUUGACAAUGAGUGUUCCGGGGUGAAGAAAUGUUGUUCAAAUGGCUGUGGACACACUUGCCAAGUGCCCAAGACUCUGUACAAAGGUGUCCCCCUGAAGCCCAGAAAAGAGUUACGAUUUACGGAACUGCAGUCUGGACAGCUGGAAAUUAAGUGGUCCUCAAAAUUCAAUAUAUCCAUUGAGCCUGUAAUCUACGUGGUACAAAGAAGAUGGAAUUAUGGAAUCCAUCCAAGUGAGGACGAUGCCACCCCUUGGCAGACGGUGGCCCAGACCACAGAUGAGGGGGUUCAACUGACUGACAUAAGACCCAGCAGGUGGUACCAGUUCCGCGUAGCUGCUGUCAACGUGCACGGGACCAGAGGCUUCACUGCCCCCAGCAAGCACUUCCGCUCUUCCAAAGAUCCAGCCGCACCCCCGGCGCCCACCAGCCUCCGGCUUGCAAACUCCACUGUAAACAGUGACGGAAGCGUGACUGUGACCAUUGUUUGGGAUCUACCCGAGGAACCAGAUAUCCCUGUACAUCACUACAAAGUGUUCUGGAGCUGGACAGUCAGCAGUAAGUCCCUGGUCCCAACGAAAAAGAAGCGGAGAAAGACCACUGAUGGAUUUCAGAAUUCUGUGAUACUGGAGAGACUUCAGCCGGACUGCGACUACGUUGUGGAACUGCAAGCCAUCGCGUACUGGGGACAGAAACGCCUGAAGAGUACCAAGGUGUCCUUGCGUUUCACACCCACACAUGCAGUCAACAACAAAGAACAACUUGGGAAAACUACAAAAGGUAUGAUUCAAACACAGCCCCCUUUUCAAAGAAGACGACCCACUCGCCCUGUGGAAAUUGGAGCUCCGUUCUAUCAAGACAACCAACUGCAAGUCAAAGUCUACUGGAAAAAGACCGAAGAUCCCAGUGUCAACCGAUACCAUGUGCAGUGGUUUCCAGAAGUGUGUGCCCAGAACAGAACGGCCGGAUCGGAGACAUCAUCUGGUACAACUCAUGAAAAUUAUAUAAUUCUUCAAGACCUGUCAUUUUCCUGCAAGUAUAAGGUGACCGUCCAACCAAUACAGCUGAGGGGUCACUCAAAGGCAGAAACCGUUUUCUUUACCACGCCACCGUGCUCCUCUUUUAAGGGCAAGAGCCACAGGCACGUUAGCUGCCCUGGCGAUGCAGGUCUACUUUCCAAAGUGCUAGCCAAGCCGGAGAAUCUUUCUGCUUUAUUCAUCGUCCAAGAUGUUAACAUCACCGGCCACUUUUCCUGGAAGAUGGUCAAGGCUCAUCUCUAUCAGCCCAUGACUGGGUUUCAGGUGACAUGGGCUGAGGUCACGACAGAGAGCCGACAGAACAGCUUACCCAACAGCAUUAUCUCACAAUCCCAAAUACUGCCGUCGGAUCACUAUGUCCUGACAGUGCCCAAUCUGAGGCCAUCGACCCUCUACCGACUGGAGGUACAAGCGCUGACCACAGGAGGGGAGGGGCCGGCCACCAUCAGAACGUUCCGGACGCCCGCCCUGCCCCCGUCUUCUGCACACCGAUCCCAUCUUAAACACCAUCAUCUACAUCAUUACAAGCCUUCUCCAGAAAGAUACUAA